AUGCCGCCCUGCUGCUACAAACUCACCGAGGGGAAGCACCACCCCCGGGACCGCCUGGAGGACGCCGCUCGCACCGGGACCGCUCAUGACACUGCAUGGCCGGCCCCUUUAAUACUGAUAAUAAAAUCUGUGUUAUUCUCUGCAGAUUCUUGUACCAGGAGAUCAGAGGAGAAUCUUAUAUCUUCAGAUUAUAAAGCAGAUGAUGAUAUCACACAAGAUACAUAUGAAGAACAUUCCAUUAUCCCAGAUACACCCUCAGCCCUUCACAGCCAAGAUCUGUCAUCUCAUCCUUAUAUACAGGUCCUGUCUUCUCAGUCAUCACAGGAUGUUCAGCAAAAUAAAGGUCACAGAAGGGGUGUUGGACAUCAACGAGCUCAUACAGGAAGAAAAACGUAUUUAUGCUCAGAAUUUGGGAAAUAUUUUACUUUUAAAUCAGGUCUUGUUACACAUCAAAGAACUCACGCAGGAGAGAAGCCAUUUUCAUGUUCAGAAUGUGGGAAAUGUUUUACUCAGAAAUCAGACCUUGUUGUACAUCUAAGAACUCACACAGGAGAGAAACCAUUUUCAUGUUCAGAUUGUGGGAAAUGUUUUGCUCAAAAAUCAGUUCUUUUUAAACAUCAAAGAACUCACACAGGAGAGAAGCCAUUUUCAUGUUCAAAAUGUGAGAAAUGUUUUACUCGGAAAUCAGGUCUUGUUGUACAUCAAAGAACUCACACAGGAGAUAAGCCAUUUUCAUGUUCGGAAUGUGGGAAAUGUUUUACUUUUCAAUCAGGUCUUGUUGUUCAUCAAAGAACACACACAGGAGAGAAGCCAUUUCCAUGUUCAGAAUGUGGGAAAUGUUUUGCUCAGAUAUCAGAUCUUGUUAAACAUCAAAGAACUCACACAGAGGAAAAGCCAUUUUCAUGUUCAAAAUGUGGGAAAUGUUUUACUCGGAAAUCAGGUCUUAUUGUGCAUCAAAGAACUCACACAGGAGAGAAGCCAUUUUCAUGUUCAGAAUGUGGGAAAUGUUUUACUAAGAAAUCAUACCUUGUUCAACAUAAAAGAACUCACACAGGGGAGAAGCUGUUUUCAUGUUCUGAAUGUGGAAAAUGUUAUACUAACAAAUCAAGUCUUGUUAAACAUCAAAGAACUCACACAGGGGAGAAGCCAUUUUCAUGUUCAGAAUGUGGAAAAUGUUUUCAUGGGAAAACAAAUCUUGUUCUACAUCAAAGAACUCACACAGGGGAGAAACCAUUUUCAUGCUCAGAAUGUGGAAAAUGUUUUACUCAGCAAUCACAUCUUGCUGUACAUCAAAGAACUCACACAGGGAAGAAGCCAUUUUCAUGUUCAGAAUGUAGAAAGUGUUUUACUGACAAAUCAAGUCUUGUUAAACAUCAAAGAACUCACACAGGAGAGAGGCCAUUUUCAUGUUCAGAAUGUGGAAAAUGUUUUACUAGGAAAACAAAACUUGUUCAACAUCAAAAAACUUGUAUAGGGGAGAAGUCAAUUCAGAGCAAUAAAUGAUGCAGAUAACACAUCUAUAUAUUAUCCAUGUACAUAGGAUAUCUGACAUUUAUACAUAUAUCAUAUACUACAUCUCCAAACUUGUUACCAAUUGUUAUUAAAAGUUUUCUUUCUUAUAUUAUUUAUUAUUCUUAUAUUCAUCUCCGCACACUGGACUUAUAAUAAAUGUAAUUGUCAGGAACCGGACUGGAAGCGGGUAGUGGAUCCUCUGUGUUAGUGAGGCGAUGGCGUGGGCCUUACCAGAGGACCGGUUCUAAGAAGUUACUGGUUUUCACAAGAGCCCGCUGCAAGGCGGGAUGGAUUUGCUGCAGCGGUAACUCCCAGGUCGUAUCCCCCGAUAGCGACUCAACCUCACUAACAGCUGAGAUAGGCAUAGUAAACAAGGACAAGGCGAAGGCAAGGUCGGACGUAGCAAAAGGUCAAGGCAGGCGGCAAAGGUUCGUAGUCAGGGGCAACGGCAAGGGUCUGGAUACACAGGCUUGGGAACACAGAACGCUUUCUCAGGGCACUAGGCAACAAGAUCCAGCAAGGACAGGAAAGGGAAGUGGGUUUUUAUAUGUUUGGGAGUGAUUAGCACUGAUUGGGCCAGGCACCAAUUAGUGGUGAACUGGCCCUUUAAAUUUCAGAGAGCACCCGCGCCCGGAACAUGACAGCAGGGGAACGGGGCAGGCGAGAGG